CACAAUAGAUGCUCCAUGAACUUCAGUUUGUCGGCGAGCGUUAUAGAGUAUAUCAGGAGUGAUUUGAAAACAUCAAAGUUGGAUUUAGACAGCCUCCUUCAGUUGGCUGAGCCCCUAGAAAGCGAUGCUUUUGAGAACACACUAGUGGAAGACCAAGUUAAAAAGGCCACAAAAAUGGGAAGCCCACAGAAGGAGUUUCCUAAACUUCAAAUUGGUGUCAAGCCUGAAAUGGAGGCUCUGCAAGACGACCUUAGGCUGCUGAAGCAAUAGGUCUUAAA